AUGUACGGAACACUCGCGCUACUCGCGCUGGCCGCCCUGACUAUUCGACACACUCUGCAACCAUUCCUGCUCUUGCUCAUCCGACAGGCCCGUUCACCUCUUAAGAACCUGCGCGGACCGCCCUCGUCUUCGUUCUUUCUGGGCAACCUCGCGGAAAUGCAUGACCAGGAGAACACCAAUCUCGUACCUCGCUGGACCGCGUCGUAUGGUAGCGCCUUUGUUUACCGAGGGUUCAUCGGAGGCUGCAGGCUCAUGCUAACCGACGAGCGUGCGGUGGCGCACGUCCUCGGCAAUGCGUAUCAAUAUCCCAAACCCGACUUUGUGCGGGAUAGUUUGGCAACAAUGGCCGCAGGUCACGAAGGACUGUUAACGGUGGAGGACGAAACACAUCGGAGACAGCGAAAGAUCAUAAACCCCGCCUUCUCGUCCUCCUCUAUCAAAGCCGUAACGCCCAUAUUCUGGGACAAGGCAAUACAGCUCCGUGAUAUCUGGGCGACCCUUGCUUCCGAACCCCAGGAAUUGACGUCAGCUCCCCAUGUCUCUCCACGAAAACGUCCCAGGACGGACGUCUUGGUGUGGUUGACGCGUGCUACUUUGGACGUGAUCGGUUUAGCCGGUUUCGGCUACACCUUCGAUGCCCUUGCGUCCGCCGCGCCGUCCACGUCACCUCAACACCAUCCCUUUCUUGCGUCGCGUGAAGAAAUGCGGGCGCGACCUCGACGGCGGUUCACGCGAGCGGCAUCAGAAGAAGAACACUUCCCUCCGUCGCAGCCGUUUUCGCCCCUGUCCGCCACAUUUUCCCGCUCGCCAAAAUCGCCCAAAAGUCCAAAGUCGGCGCACUCUACCUCCCGGCGGGCGAUCACGAUUCAUUCGCCCCGCUUGCCCACAGACAAGGAGGCGUUGGCCGAAUCCCCUGACGCCGCAUGCCGGGAUUCGCAACCAGCAGAGGAGGGCGAAGAGGUGCACGAGAACGAGCUCGCACGUGCGUUCAGCAUCAUAUUCAGCACCGCGCGCAAGUUCCGCGCGAUCACCAUCCUCCAAGCGUGGUUUCCAUUCUUGCGGAGAUUCAAACGGAACAGCGCUGCCAUCCAGGAAGCCCACGCGAUAUUAGACCGCAUUGGGAACGAGCUCAUCCAAGAAAGAACCAUGGCCGUCGAAGCCGAGAAGCGUGCCGCUGCCGGGCCGGCGACACAUCCAGCUUCGUCUGGGUCACAUCGAGAUCCUGCAGCUGAAUCGAGCGGGGUCGAGGGCGACAAGACACGGGGACGGGACCUGCUGAGUGUGCUCAUUCGGUCAAAUUUGGCUGAGAGCCCCGAGCAGCGUCUCUCGCGGCAAGAGGUGCUUUGCCAAAUAUCCACCUUCAUCGCCGCGGGGCAUGAGACCACCAGCAACGCGUUGUCGUGGACUCUAUAUGCACUCGCACGCGAUCUCAGAGUUCAAAGUAGAUUACGUGCGGAGCUGAGAACCGUUCGGCUGACUGCCGACUCGACUCCCGCAUCCCCUACCACUCCUUCGAGCGCGAGACUUGGCCCACAUCUGCCGCCACUUUCGCCGUCACUAACUACCGAGAUUCUCGCGCUCCCUUACCUCGACGGCGUCGUACGCGAGUCGCUUCGAUUACAUGCCCCGAUAUCAUCGACAAUGCGCGUCUGCGCCGCGGACGACGUCAUCCCUGUUCUCGAGCCGUUCGUCGACAAGCACGGGAGGACGAAGACAGCGAUCGAGGUGAAGAAGCACGACAUCGUCAGCAUACCCAUACAGGCGAUCAAUAGGAGCGAGCGGACGUGGGGCCCCGACGCGGGCGAAUUCAGACCCGAGCGGUGGGACGACGUACCUGAUGCAGCAAAAGCUGUCCCAGGACUCUACGCACACCUGUUAACCUUCCUCAACGGCAACCCUCUGAACGGAAACCGUGCAUGUAUCGGAUGGAAGUUUGCUCUCACCGAAAUCAAGGUGUUUCUUUACGUGCUCCUCCGGGAUCUGGAGUUCUCGAUCGAUCCAGCCAUGGUCAUCGAGAAGAAAGUAAACGUCGUCACUCGGCCCUUCGUGAAAUCAGAGCCCGAGCUCGGUAACCAGAUGCCUUUGAACAUCCGCAGGGUCUCGCCAUAGCCUGAGGGAUCCGUUCGAUCCACGUUCAGCACAGCCCCAGCCCCCCUUCCGUACCCGGACCAAGCACCAAACCGAUGUGCAUCCCCAUGCAGGUAUACCGUCGGCGGAGUUGGUCCUCCGCACAUCAACCACUCUCCCCUACCAAGAAUACCACGACCACACCUCAUUCCCGCUCUGCUCGGCCAUUUCGAGUCCCUCGGUCUCGAAUAGCCUAUCCAGCUACCUUGCGGUCCAAUCGGGCCGUUUCUUCCCUUCGCACAUGAUUGGUCCACUCAACACUCCCGUCCAAUCCCGUUCCGUCCGUCUUCCUAUUGGACGCUGCACGCCCCCACCCUAUCUU